AUGAGUGCUCUUCUAUCUGCAGAUGAUUUGAAUGAUUUCAUAUCGCCAGGUCUUGCGUGUAUUAAACCUGUAGAAUCACUUCCACCUGCUCCUGGUUCUGAAGAAAAUGAUGAUGGUGAAAUAGAAAUCGAGAUCGAUACCUUAGGUAAUGCGACUGAGGUGGGUAAGGAUGGAAGUAAGACUACUUUGUCUGCUGCUCAAAUAUCCCUUGCUGAUUGUUUGGCAUGCUCGGGGUGUGUUACAUCCGCCGAAGAGGUUCUUGUGGCGCAACAUUCCCAUGAUCAACUCUUGAAGGCAAUGCUGAAGAACAAAGGGAAGAAAGUUUUCGUUGCUAGUGUUUCACAUCAAACAAGAUCUUCGUUGGCCGUAGCAUUUAAUAAGACUAUUGAACAGGUAGAUAAGCUGUUGAUAGACUUGUUUAUCAACCAAAUGGGCUUUCUGUAUGUUGUUGGGACUUCGUUGGGCCGUAAGUUGUCCUUGCUUAAUGAAUCUAGGAACAUUAUGGACUUGAAGAAGUCGGGAUUUAAAGGUCCUAUUUUAUCAUCCAUAUGCCCAGGAUGGGUGCUAUACGCUGAGAAGACACAUCCUUACAUCUUGCCCAGAAUUUCGACCGUCAAGUCUGCUCAACAGAUCACUGGGUGUUUACUCAAGACACUAGUUAGCCAAGAUCAUGAUGUAAGUAAGCUGGAUGUGUAUCAUUUAUCGGUGAUGCCAUGUUUUGAUAAGAAGUUGGAAAGUGCGAGAAAGGAAGAAAAUGAGGAUGAACCUACUGUUGAUGUGGACUGUGUGCUCACGGCAAAGGAAUUAGUAACGUUAAUCGAAGAACUGGAUGGUAAAUACAGCUUGAAUUUCUCAGAUUCAAACUAUUCGAUGGCAGAUACGUAUGGGCUCGCAGCACCAAGAAACUGGCCCUUUUUAGACUUAACUUGGUCAAGCGAUGCAGGUUCUACAUCUGGUGGGUAUGCAUUCUCUUACCUUGAGAAUGUGAAGAACGCUCUCAUUUCAGAAGAAGGAGGAAACUCAACAGUUUCCACUUUUACAGUAGAAACAAUCUCAGGAAGAAACUCGGACAUCACCGAAUUGAGAUUGAUCAAAGAUAACUCACAAGUAGUUGCAACUGCAGCAAUAGUAAAUGGAUUCAGAAAUAUUCAAAACUUGGUUCGUAAGCUCAAGCCAGAAAAGGCAGGUGCUAAUGGAUCUAUUAAGACAACUAAAGUCAACCCAUUGGUUGCUCGCCGUAGAGCUAGGAAGGAAGCCAGCAAAGAAGGCACUCCAUCUUCUAUGGAUUCUUCAACAAGCGGUAUGAGCGUAAAUGGAGGGGGAGAUUCUGCAGAUGCAUCCAAAUGUGACUAUGUUGAAAUUAUGGCAUGUCCAGGAGGAUGUAUUAAUGGAGGGGGACAAAUCAGUGCCCCAAGCGAAGUUUCCGCUAAGGAAUGGAUAUCCGCAAGCGUGGAUGCUUACCAUGAAAUACCGAUUAUCGAAAUCCAGAGGGAUUCUUCGAGCCUAUUUGAGUGGACUCAAAAGUUUUGUGAUCAAUUUGGAAUUAAUCAGGACAGGCUCUUGAGGACUUGGUUCAAAGAAGUGGAAAAGCCCACUGAUCCAAAUGCUAUUCUUUUGGGUGCAAAGUGGUAA